GACUGGCAUAGAAGUUGGUCCUGGUAAAGGUUUCGCUUCUUUGGGCAAGGUCGAGGAAACAAUGGAUACAUCGAUACUGUUUCUAUUAAUUUUGUCCUUGCUGAUAGAAGAAACAGAUGAUAAAUCUGAUUUUUUGUUGCCGUUAUGGUUGCUAGUGAAGAGUUUGAGAGUUAACAUGUGA